AAAGCUAGGAAAACCACUUUUGGGAAAGAGAAAAGUAUGAGUCAAUUAGCAAGAGUUCAUGCUACCAUUACACGUCCGUUGGCAAAUUAUCACCCUAAUGUCUGGGGAGACUAUUUUCUCUCCUACACUCAUCAACUCACAGAAAUUAGCAUGCAAGAAAAAGUCGAACUUGAAGAGUUAAAAGAAAAGGUCAGGAAAAUGUUGGUGGAAACACCGGACAAAAGUGCACAAAAACUUGAAUUGAUUGAUGCAAUCCAACGACUGGGAGUGACAUAUCAUUUUGAAAAUGAGAUUAAAUCAUCCGUUCAGAACAUUUUUGAUGAAUUCGAACAUAAUGAAAAUGAUGAUGAUGAUCUGUACAUUGUUGCUCUUCGUUUUCGACUAGUGAGACAACAAAGGCAUUACAUGUCUCCCGAUGUAUUCAAAAAAUUCAUCAACCAUGAUGGGAAAUUCAAGGAAACUCUUACUAAAGAUGUGCUAGGAUUAUUAAGUUUAUAUGAAGCAGCACAUCUAAGAGUACAUGGGGAAGACAUUCUUGAAGAAGCUCUAACUUUUACCACCACUCAUCUCGAGUCCAUGGCCCCUACAUUGGACAACUCACUCAAGGUCCAAGUUAGUGAAGCCUUGAGCCAGCCCAUUCAUACAAAUGUACGAAGAGCUGGAGCAGGAAAAUACUUACGUAUUUAUGGAAACAUUGAAGCACAUAACAGUUUGCUUUUGAAAUUUGCGAAAUUGGAUUUCCACAUUUUACAAAAGAUGCACCAAAGAGAGCUUAGCGAACUUACAAGGUGGUGGAAAGACCUGGAUUUUGUAAACAAAUUUCCAUAUGCAAGAGACAGACUGGUGGAGUGUUACUUUUGGGCAACAGAGAUGUUUCUUGAGCCUAAAUAUAGACGUGCAAGGAGAACGUUAGCAAAACUACUCUAUAUCAUCACCAUCAUUGAUGACCUCUAUGAUGCUUGUGCAACUUAUGACGAACUUGUGCCUUUCACCGAUGCUAUCGAGAGAUGUGACAUUAGUGCUACGGAUUCGAUAUCGCCCUAUAUGAGACCUCUUUAUCAACUCUUUAUGGAUUAUUUUGAUGAAAUGGAAGAAGAAUUGACCAAAGAUGGUAAAGCAGACUGUGUCAACUAUGCAAAAAUUGAGGCGAAAAAGUGGAUCAAAAGCUAUCUUAAGGAAGUCGAAUGGUUGAAGGCUGGCACUAUUCCAAAAUGCGAGGAAUAUAAGAGAAACGCUACUUUAACCAUUUCCAUUCAGAUGAUUAUUGUUACCUCUUUGAUUGUUUUGGGGGAAUUUAUAAGCAAAGAUACUUUUGAAUGGAUGAUAAAUGAGUCUUUGGUCGCUCGAGCUUCAAUACUAAUCAACAGAUUAAAGGACGAUAUUAUUGGACAUGAACACGAACAACAAAGAGAACAUGGAGCUUCAUUCAUUGAAUGCUACAUGAAAGAAUAUGGAGCUUCAAAACAAGAGGCAUAUGCUGAGGCUUGGAAGGAAAUUGCAAAUGCAUGGAAAGACAUAAAUGCAGAAUAUUUACAUGCUACUGAAGUACCAACGUUUGUCCUCGAUCCUGCCUUAAAUGCUGCACGCCUUGCAGACAUUCUUGAAGGGGAUGAUUUUACAAAUUCGAAAAACAAGCUUAAAGACAUCAUCACCUUGUUGUUUGUUGAUUCUGUCAAUAGUACAUCAUGUGAAUAAUCGUGUUGAUGUGCACAAUUCAUCAAGUGCUUAACUUUAAGCAAACAAUAUCAUGGUUCCAUAACUUAGAAAUAUUUCUAAGUGGUUGCUGAAAUUGGGGGGUUGCUGCUUUGUAUUAAUGUUUGAAAAUAGUUGUCUCAGCAUCUCAAGAACAUUAGUUCAUGUGUGUUGUCUUUUUAUAUUUCGUUUAAUAAAAUAUCAGCGAUAAAGUCGUAUUGAGUCCCGUUUCAAAUAUGUUCUGUUUUAAUCUCAUUUCAAGCAUUUAUAGCUUGUCUUUAGA